GUUCUGAGCUCAACGUGUCGUUCUAUCGACUCUCUGUCUUCUCCGUUACUAACCCUGAAGGUUGGACGGUCUCUUACCUGGAGGGACUUUUUUACUUCCAAUUUAAUCAUGGCUGAUAAAGAGAAAGCUCCAGCUAAAAAGGCAGAGUCGAAAGGUGAUGCUGCCAAGAAAACCAAGGCUGCAACAAAGGAGGUUGUUUCCAAACCCAAAACUGUUAAGCCAAAGAGGAUGGUCAAGAAAAGGCAUGGUCGAUUGUAUGCCAAGGCUGUCUUCACCGGCUACAAAAGGGGUCUUAGGAACCAGCACGAGAACACAGCCCUGCUUAGCAUUGAAGGGUGCAAGCUCAAAAAAGAAAGCUGGUUCUAUGUUGGCAAAAAGUGUGUCUUUGUUUACAAGGCCAAGAAAAGGACACAUGUCCCAGGAUUAUCUAAGAGGAAAACAAAGGUUCGUGCUAUCUGGGGUAAGGUUACGAGGCCGCAUGGCAGCUCUGGUGCUGUACGUGCAAAAUUCAAAUCCAACCUCCCUCCGACUGCCAUGGGAAGGAGAAUUAGGAUUAUGUUAUAUCCCUCAUCAAUAUAAUUUGAUCAAUAAAUUUUAUUACUAAG